AUGGGUGCUGGUGCCAAAAAACAGCCCUAUGAAAUCCUCUUUUCCAACUGCAUCAGAGUAAAGAAGAGUGUGGUUGAAUGGGAGACUGGCCCCGCGGGGUUCUGCGUGCGGCGCAGCCCAUCUCCCUCCCCUCGCGGCGCGUGCGACGAAGUUCAGCACCUCGGAAAGCGCCCCCUCUCCUGGUGCUGGGGUUACGCAUGCUCUUCGGGAACCCGCAGCCUCUGCUGUGACGGUGGAGACACAACUCGGGGCGACGCGGCUGGCAACUCACUGCGAGUCGACAGCAGCGGAGAGACGGAGAUGCGAGGCAGCGAGGCCAGCGUCGAAAGCCCUCCAGAGAGUCUCAGCGAGGUAGACAGAACUCUCUUCAGAAACCUCGUCGGAGCAGCUGCGGAGGAAACCCGCAAAGAACCGGCGCUCGGCACCCAUUCUCACGCCCAAGGCCAAGCUCCGCGCUCCGGGGACGCGCCUGGCGCCCGGUUCCUAGGCGCUCUCUUCCACAGCUACUUUGCAAGCCCCCGCGCGCGGCGGCACCCCGGGAGAAGGCCCCAGCGCGGGCAGGUGUCCGCGGCACCCGCCCCAGCCACCAUGAAUAAGGCGGCUGGCGGGGACGCGCUCACAGAACUCUUCGGUCCGAUCCCGGACCUUAUGCAGGCGGCCAACUCCAGCGGCAACGCGUCGCUGCAGCUCCAGGACUUGUGGUGGGAGCUGGGGCUGGAGUUGCCGGACGGCGCGGCGCCGGGGCACCCCCCGAGCGGCGGCGGGGCGGAGAGCGCGGACCCCGAGGCCCGGGUGCGCAUCCUCGUCAGCGUGGUGUACUGGGUGGUUUGCGCGCUGGGGCUGACCGGCAACCUGCUGGUGCUCUACCUGAUGAAGAGCAAGCAGGGCUGGCGCAAGUCCUCCAUCAACCUCUUCGUCACCAACCUGGCGCUGACGGACUUCCAGUUCGUGCUCACCCUGCCCUUCUGGGCCGUGGAAAACGCCCUUGACUUCAAAUGGCCCUUCGGCAAGGCCAUGUGUAAGAUCGUAUCCGUAGUGACGUCCAUGAACAUGUAUGCCAGCGUCUUCUUCCUCACCUCCAUGAGCGUGGCUCGCUACCACUCGGUGGCCUCGGCUCUUAAGAGCCACCGGACCCGAGGGUACGGCCGGGGCGACUGCUGCUGCCGGAGCCUGGAGGACAGCUGCUGCUUCUCGGUCAAAGCACUGUGCGCGGUGAUCUGGGCCUCCGCCGCGCUGGCCUCCCUGCCCAACGCCAUCUUCUCCACCACGGUCAAGGUGAUGGGGGAGGAGUUGUGCCUGGUACGCUUCCCCGACAGGUUGCUGGGCCGCGACAGGCAGUUCUGGCUGGGCCUCUGCCACUUGCAGAAGGUGCUGUUGGGCUUCGUGCUGCCGCUAGGCAUCAUCAGCCUGUGCUACCUGCUGCUGGUCCGCUUCAUCUCCGACCACCGCGUGGCCGGGACCGAAGGAGGAGCCUCAGCGGCCGGGGGAGGCCUGGCCGGAGCCAGCGCUCGGAGACGCUCCAAGGUCACCAAGUCAGUGACCAUCGUGGUCCUGUCCUUCUUCCUGUGUUGGCUGCCCAACCAGGCGCUCACCACCUGGAGCAUCCUCAUCAAGUUCAACGCGGUGCCCUUCAGCCAAGAGUACUUCCUGGGCCAGGUGUACGCGUUCCCCGUGAGCGUGUGCCUGGCACACUCCAACAGCUGUCUCAAUCCCAUCCUCUACUGCCUCGUACGCCGCGAGUUCCGCAAAGCGCUCAAGAACCUCCUGUGGCGCAUCGCGUCGCCUUCUCUCACCAGCAUGCGCCCUUUCACCGCCACCACCAAGCCCGAACCCGAGGACCAGGGGCUGCAGGCCCUGGCGCCUCUCCACCAAGCCGCGGAGCCCGACCUGCUCUACUACCCGCCCGGCGUGGUGGUCUCCAGCGGCGGGCGCUACGACCUGCUGCCCAGCAGCUCCGUCUACUGACGCGAGCCGAAGCCCAGGGCGCGCGCCAACUGCAAAGCGGUUUUUCCUGGGCGGAAAAGAGUGAAGG